AUGAUAAUUGUUGUGCUAAUCAGUAAUACAUCAUGUUCGAUUGUGCAAAAAUUGCCAAAACCAAUUUGUAAAGGAAGUAGCAGUGAUAAUGUGUCAGCCUGCUACGAUGUGAUCUUUUUGGACAACAGCGAACAAAUUUUGCGGAAAUUUUUUGCACUUUUCGAAGAGUACCGUAUUGUGUUUUCCGCUGAACCAUUUUGUUGGCCUGAUAAAACCCUGGCGCCAACUUAUCCGCUCGUGAAUUUUGGAUACAGAUAUCUUAAUUCGGGUGUUUUUAUCGGUUUCGCUCCUGAAAUUUGGAAACUGAUAAGUUACGAAAAUGUUGAGGAUAAUGACGAUGAUCAGUUGUAUUACACACGCCUGUACUUGGAUGAUCAAAUUCGAGAUUCGUUAAAAAUAACGUUGGACUCGUUGGGUGUACUUUUUCAAAAUUUAAAUGGGGCCACUGACGACGUCCAUUUGCAACUGAGCGAUGAAACUAAAGCAUACCAGAUCCAUAAUUUCAUUUACGAUACCUAUCCAUCGGUUGUGCAUGGUAAUGGGCCCAGCAAGCUACAUUUGAAUCAGUUUGCUAAUUACAUUGGUCAGUUGAGAAGAGCGGAUUUUCCUUGCCGAAUGUGCAACACGAGUACGACGGAAAUGGAUUUACCAAAAUUAUUACUUUCAAUCUUUCUUUCCAAGCCGACUCCUUUUAUUCGCGAAUUUUUUGAAAACAUCAAAAAGCUGUCAUAUAAUAGUGCGCAAAUUGACCUCUAUGUAUAUUGCAAUCAGAAAUUCAUGGAAAAAGAGGCCGAUAUUUUUGUGAAGGAAGCAAAAGAGCAUUAUCGAUCAGUAAUCUACGACGAUAGCUCAGUCGAUAUUGGAGAGCGUGAAGCGCGUGCGUUUUCCGUGAGGCACAGCUUGGAAUUGGGCAGCGAUUUCCUUGUAAUGAUCGAUGGCGAUGUGCAUUUAAAUAACACACAAACUCUUCUGCUUUUGCUUGAUACAGCAAUGCAAAAAAAGUUGGACAUAUUAGCUCCUUUGGUUGGACAGCUGCAUAACUUAUUUAGCAAUUUUUGGGGCGCAGUUGCAGACAAUGGAUAUUAUGUAAGAUCCGAGGACUAUCUUGAUAUAUACGAUCGAAAAGAAACAGGCGUUUGGAAUGUACCGUAUAUCAGUUCGAUGAUAAUUGUUGCAAAACAAAAGGCAUGCCAUUCUGAAGCAUCUUAA